AUGGUUGACAAGGUCAUCGACGAUUUUCAACUGUUGGAAGAACUCGGCCGAGGUUCCUAUGGUUGUCUUUAUCUUGGUCAAUCCCUUACCGAUAAUACCUAUGUUGCCAUAAAGGUGCUCACCAAAUCCGGUCUUGAUCAACAGCAACUUCAACUCCAGCAGCUUGAAAUCCACUUGCAAUCCUCACUGAAACACCCGAAUCUACUCGCGCUUCAUCGCGUCAUACAAGACCAGAAACAUAUCUACAUGGUGAUGGAAUUAUGUGACCAAGGCGAUCUGUUUGACUUUGUCAUCCGAGAUCAAGCCAAUAACGAUGUACGUGACGAACGGUUGGUCAAGACAUGCUUUCUUCAAAUCUUGGAUGCCGUCGCCCAUAUGCAUGCUCAAAACGUCUAUCAUCGUGAUCUUAAACUGGAAAAUGUUCUUUUACGAAGUGAGGACGACGAUAAUGACGGCGGAAAUUUCAUCUGCAAAGUCGCCGAUUUUGGGUUGGCAACGCGUGAUCGGUAUUCUCUCGAAUUUGGCUGCGGAUCCACCACCUACCUUGCUCCUGAACACUUUGAAGAUGAUCAAUCAUGCAUCCUACGGCCUGAAGACGGUGAAUUUAUCCCUUACGAUGCAGCUGCCUCGGAUGCAUGGAGUUUGGGCAUUCUUCUCAUUGCUUUCCUGUUUGGCCGAAAUCCUUGGCAGGAAGCAACCUCGGUGGAUCAUGUCUAUCUCGAAUUCUCUCGCAAUCCCACUAUUCUCAAACACCAACUGUUCCCAUCGUUAUCCUGGCCCUGCUUUCACUUUUUAAAAUCCGUGCUUUCCAUUCACGCCGCUGAUCGUCCUACUGUCGCUGAAAUGAAACAACAGUUUCUCUCCUUGGACCAACUCCUCGUAGGAGACAACAAUCUCGUCAAUGAUAAUGAUGACGACGCCAUGGACAUACCCGACAUUGUCUGUAAAGCUUCCAAAGCAAGUUAUGAUUCUGCGGUUUUCAGUGCCGGACAAUCCAGUAUUUCCUGGUCAGAUAUGUUGGACGAUGAUCCUUUGGAUGAGUCUUGGCAAGUCGAGUAUGAUCUAAUGACCUCCUCUUCCUCAUCUAUCCAGGACCAUGACCAUGAUGAUACUGACGUCUUUAUCCAUCGUCAAGAAAAAGAAUCCUGGUGGCUGUAG